AUGUAUUUGACGAGCGAGUCCUCCAGCCGGGUCCCCAUCCAGCUGGAGCGGCUCAAGAUUUUGCAGAACAGCACGAUGCCCAAGGAAGCCCUGGAUGUGGUCGGCGCGGACGCCCGCAAGCUGCUGGCGGACCCCUGGCGCUACAUCGAGCGGCGGGCCAACGACGUGGAGGCGGACGGUCCACCUCCUCGGCCAUACACCGACCCCAGACUUCGGUUCAGCCGCAAGUUGAUGAAGGAGCUCGUGCUCACCCUCCACCGGGGCAACCUCGUGGUCUUCCGGCCCUCGGUGAAGGCUUUCAUCGGCCUCUUCACGGUGGUCAAGAAGGACGGCUGGUGGCAGCGGCUUAUCGUCGACGCCCGCGUGCCGAACCAUUGGCACCGGCGGCCGCCGCACUCGUACCUGGCGACGCCGGGGGCGGCCUCCGCUCUCGACCUGAGCGAUGCCGCGCUGGAGCCCGGGGACGCUGCCGUGUUCUACGGCUCGAUGGUGGCCGUCCUCAGCGAGCGGGGCUUCACGCUGCGGGACAACGUGGAGUGCGACGCGAACCUCGACAUGGUGGGUUUCGAGCUGCAGGGCGCCAAGUUCGUCUGGAGGCAGCGGCGGUCUCGGUUCUGGCGUCUGUGGCACGCGCUGCGACAGCUGGAGCUCCGAGGCGGCUGCACGGGGGAGGUGAUGCGCAUCAUCCUCGGCCACCUGGUCAACUUCUUCAUGCUCUCGCGGCCCGCCCUCAGCGUGUUGUCGCAGUUGUAUGUUUUUAGCACUGAGAACCUCGGGCGCUACCGACGGUUUGACGGCCAUGUUCGAGGGGAGCUGGUCACCUGCCGCGGCUUGUUAGCCCUCGUUCGCAGUCGGCUGCGGCCGCACCACUACCCAGUCGCCUUUUGCUCAGAUGCCUCGACGCGGGGCUACGCGAUCCACAGUGGGCAGAUCGACCCCCACCUGCUGUACGACGUCUGCCGCUGGCGAGAGCGCUGGCGAUUCGCCGUCGCGGAGGAGGACGAGGGGCCCGGCAUCGACGGGGCUCAGACCGGGCUGGACGCCGACUUCCGCGAGCUGGGCGCCGACCUGGACAUCGAGGACGGCGACUGGGAUCGGAGGGGCGACCGCGCAGUUCCUGCGCGGCGCGCCCCGCGGGUCAGCAGCCUGGUGCCCGCCGAGGCCCUGCGGGCUGCCGAGCUCGGCCUCCCGCACCCCAGGGUCACGGGGAUCGUGCCCGCGCUGCCGGACACGCUGGUGGCGCCGACGCGCUGGCGGCGGCUUCUGGUCGGCGCCUGGCAGCGCCGCGAGGCGAUCCACAUGAAGGAGGCGAGGAUCGCGCUGGUGGGGCUGUACCACGCCGUCCGGGACCCUGCCAGCCACGGAGGCGUGGUCUUGUCGCUGGGCGAUAACCUCUCGGAGGUCCUCGCCACCGAGCGGGGCCGGGCGCAUGACCCCGCCCUCAACUCAGUGUGCCGCCGGGCAGCGGCGGUCGAGCUCGGAGCCGAGGUGAGGUGGGUUCGCCGCUACGUGGAGACGGACCGCAACCCCACGGACUCGGACUCCAGGCUCGCGGAGCAGGGGAUCCUGGCGCCGGGCGAGUCGCUGCGCGGGGGUCGCCUUGCCGCCCGGCUGGGGCGCCUGCGCGAGGGCGCGUGCCGCCCCGACCGCGUGCCCGAGGGCGCCCCGCGCGCCGCCGCGGGCUCGGCGGCGGCGCCGGCGCCUCCCGCGGGCCCCCAGCGCCGGCCACUGUGGCCUGGUGCACGGGGGCCAUCGCGUCGGCGCGACCGCGCUGGGGUGCUGGAGAUCUUCGGCGGGAGCUGCAGGUUCUCUGGCGCGUGCGCGGCGGCUGGCCUCCGCAUCCUGUGCCCUGUCGAUGUCUCGGCCGGGCCGCACUUCAACGUUCUUUGCAUCGCUGUCCAGCAAAAGAUACUGCAUUGGAUUUCUCACGGAUAUGUCUGUCAUGUACACAUUGCUACCCCGUGUGCCCGCUGGAGUGUAGCCAACACGACUGGGGCCCCAGACUCGGAAGGUUCGAGAGCAGGCCUUGGGUGCGCUGACUUCACGGUGCGGGUCCUCAGGAUGUGCCAUCGGUGUGGGGUCUCCGUGUCGCUCGAGAACCCUAGGUCUUCGAGGCUCCUGAAGUACCCGCCCCUCGCUAACAUCUUCGAGAAACUGGGCUGCGUGUCGUUCGAGUAUCACUGUUGUCGCUAUGGGGCUCCUUACCUUAAGCCGACCGUGUUCGUGACGAACGUCCCGUCCUUGAGUGUCAUUGAGAGGGCCUGUGUGUGUACUGUACCCCAUGAACGACUAGAAGGUAAAGUAAAGAUCCCAGAUGAGACAGGCAAACUAGUUUGGAAAUGGAAGACCUCGUUGGCUGGCGCCUACCCUCCUGGCCUCUGCCGCGUCGCAGCCCGAGGGCUCAAGGAGGCUCUCGGGCCGGGUGCCCUCCGCCGAGAUGGCGAGCCGGCGCUCGACCCGCGCUGGGAGCGCGAGCUGGCAGCGGCAGCGGGCCUCCCACAGCCGAAGCCGCUCGAGGUCCCCUCGUGUCCACGGCGGUUUACUACUGGCUGGGAGCACGCCGUCGGGCACCAGCUCUGUGGCGACAGCGCGGAGCAGCGUCGCCAGGCGGCCCUGACCAACGGUGGCCGGCCACCGCUGGGCCUUCUGCUGCCGGACGGGGUCGACAGUCGUCCUCCGACCGGCGAUCGGCGGCGGCGCGCCUCCACCGGACGGGCCGUGGCCAAGACGGUGAAGGUGUCCCCCGGCGAGGAGGGCUACUUGAAGCAGAGGUCGGUGGGCGGGGCCACGCUGCGGCUGUGCCAGCGGGAGUGCGAGAUGCUCGCUCACGACGAGGCCCUGGAGCGCUACCUCGACAAGCUCUUCUUCGACGGGGAGCCCGCGAGCCGGACCAACAACGUCGUCCACGCCCUGAUGUACCACAUCGACGAGGUCUGGGCGAAGACGCCGCACUUCCCCCGGACGCGGCGAGCCCUGCGUGGCUUCCGCAAAGCCUCGCAGACCAGGUCGCGGGAUGGGUGCCCGUGGGAGGCAGCGCUGGCCCUUGCCCAUUGGAUGGGCCGCCAGCGAACGCCGUUCAUGGCGAACUCGGCGGCGCUCACCCUCGUGCUCUUCGACGGCUACCUGCGAGCCUCGGAGGGCCUCGGGCUGGGGCGGGACCAGCUCAUCCCGCCGCAGGGCGGCCACGGCGCCAGGAGGUGCUGGGCCGCCAUGAUCUGCCCAGAGGAGGAAGGGCGCCCUACCAAGAGCGGCGACUUCGACGACACGGUCAUCUUUGGCGACACCUCGGAGGCUCGAAGGCCGCUGCUCACCAAGAUCCUGCAGGUGCUGCAUCGGACGACCGAGGCGGGCGCGCUGGUGUUCGACGGCCUCUCUCUGAGCUCGUGCGAGCGGGUCUUCCGGCGCGGGACCUUGGAGCUCGGGCUCGAGAACCUGCGCCUCACCCCGCGCUGCCUUCGACACGGCGGUGCGUCGACAGAUGGCCUGGACGACCUCCCGAUCGUGCAGAUCCAGAAGAGAGGCCGCUGGAAAAGCCUGGCAAGCUGCAAGCGCUACGAGAAAAAGGGCCGCCUCUUGAAGCAGCUCGACCGCCUGAAGGCGGUGCCAGGCGUCCACGGUGAGACCUCUUUGCGGUGGCUCCUCACGCAGUUCCCUCGGAUCCUUCAGAACCAGCGC